GAGCUUCUGAAAGCUUGACAGCGAGCUGGGCACAGUGCCGUUAAAAUAGUUGCCCAUGAGGUCCCUGCAGGGCAGGUCGAAGAGGAGAGGGGGCCGGAGGAGGGACACAGGGAAGGAGGCAGAGAAGGCAGAGGAGGAGGAGGAGGAGGAGGAGGAGGAGGAGGAGGAGGAGGAGGAGGAGGAGGAGGAGGAGGAGGAGGAGGAGGAGGAGGAGGAGGAGGAGGAGGAGGAGGAGGAGGAGGAGGAGGAGGAGGAGGGGAUCAGCGAGUCUGAAAGGGUGGUUUUGAGAACUCUCAAAAACACCCUGCAAAAUCAAUGAGGAGGGAGACAGGGACGGAG